AGCUAUAGCAUAGUCUAUCAGGCUUACAUUGAAACAUUUUAAUUACAUAUUAAAAUGACCUGUUAAACAUCUGUCAAGCCCCGUCAAAAUUUUAAGUCUUUAAAAUUAUUUUAUCAAUUGAAACUGAAAUAUCUUUUGAAAAUAUAAGAAAUCAAACCGAACGACAACAUGAUACCCAUUCACUUUGUAUUCGACAUUAUCGUUACCUUACUGGAAUGUCAUGAAAUCGAAAAUUGGCAUGCCGUGAAAGUUGUCGCCAAGUUUGGUAACAAACAAAUUCCUAUAACAAGCAGCCGCAUAAAUGUCAGCGAGCUUAAAACUGGAUUUGGAACAGAUAUGAUAAUAGGACCAACAAGACUUCGCAAGAGUCUAGAGGACUUUGGCCUGACGAUGACGGUCUCAUAUAAAAAUAAGGUCAUCGGCUCCUGUAAAAUGAUUUUACCUCAACAGACGAUAGAUCUGAUAGGAAUUGGAAUGAGAGAUAUAGUAUAUUCGGACACUUGCCGUUUUGGCAAAGCUGGCGAAGAUGUUGGAAAGCUUGGCGUGCUCUUUCGUCUUAUUAUUAAAUGCGAAGAACUGGAAAAUCUUGUGGAGAGUCCAUGUGUACGAAAUGUGGAUACGCUGAUUAAUGAACAGGACAUUAUGUUCGUUAUGAGUGAUGUCCAUCGAUGUCCAAGCUUUUGCGAACCUUGUCAUGAUGCUUUCACCGAUGACGAUGAGGCCGAUAGAAAACUGCGUUUGGAUUUGCAACGCUAUCGCAGCUCAGUUGGUAAAAGCCAGAGAGCAACAGAUAUUCCCACACAUAACGUGUUCGGUGAGCUUAAGAAAUUCAAAGAAGAAUGUGAACAGAUUAUUGAUUCCAUUACCACAAGACUUGCUCAGCACAAAUCAUCCUGCCGGACACUAGACAGAAGAGAACAGGGCGGUACUUGCUGUGCACCAAAUCGACAUUUUCUUAAUAAUUCCCAUGGUACGUGUUUUUCGUUUAUACCAGCACGUCAAGGGGAUAGUCCGGACUUCUGCGAUCCGUCGAUGAUACCAGUGCCCAUUAGUGACUUAAAUAAGCCAGAUAUAAACCCACCACGCUUUUGUCCCGUCUGUCUGGCCAACAUGUCGUGGGUGCCCAAACUGGCUUGCUGUCCCAGGUGCGGUGCCAAGGCUAUGCCGGUCAUUGAGGAACGCCACAAGGAGAAACAACUGACCUCAGAACAAAUAAUAACAGAGUUUUUGGGCAACCCCUUGGAUCAAAAGGAUGAUUUCUGCGAAGAUCCUUGUGAAAAAGCGCAACGAGAGAAGGAAAAGGAUAAAGGCUGUCGGUGCACGUGCAAGAGGGGAAUAAUAUGUGCCCACUGCCGCAUACAGACAAUUUGUGCAGACAUUUUUGAAGUUAAUAAAGUUGUAUGCCAUAAGAUCACACCUAAAUCGUCCGAGGACUUUUUUGUGAGGCAAAGUGGCUCUAAACAUUGCAUCACAGAUCUGGCGCGUGUGCUCUCCGAGCUGAAGAACUUAUACAUGAUUAAAGACGCGCUGCGAAAAGACAAUUGUGGACAAGGCAGCCCUAAAAAACAGAAGGUGUCCAGAAAAAAACAUGAACCUGUAAAACUUGUCAAAUCUAAUCUGGCCGUUAAGUGAAAGAUAGAUAAUUCAAAAAACGCUUCUGUUCCCAACUACUCUUCCUGUCCUAAAUACUGAACUAAGUCAAUGCCCCAAUUCGACAUUGUAAUUAAUGAAUCUCUUAAAGAAUACUUUUGCAUAGAUCCCUGUGCUGAGCCAACACAGGAGAGGACUACACAAUGUACCGAAAGCUAAAGAAGAAAGGCAUUGAUUUGAUUAAGUAUUUAAUGAAAUCGGAAGAAUUUUUACAAGUAAAUAAGCUCAACACUUCAGUUAAGACUACGAGUCAAGGCGGCUAAGGACUUGGGGCCAAACGGAAUGACCGAUACACAGCGCAAAACUAUAUUUUAUUUUAUGUCU